UGGGGUUUAAAUGUGCUCUCGUACAGCACACACACACACACACACACACACACACACACACUACAGUAACACCUGACUGCAGUAUCUCUGGAUUUACAGUAUUCUUCCUAACACUACUACUAACACUACUACUAACACUACUACUAAUCAGGAUGGCGUAUUGGUGGAGUUUUUCGGCGGAGACGUGGGCUCUGAUCGUGAUCCUCAUCAGUCUGAUCCUGCUGUACGGGUACUGGCCACACGGUUUCUUUAAGCGUUUGGGAGUUCCUGGUCCUAAACCGGUACCAUUUAUUGGAACCAUGUUAGAAUAUCGUAAGGGAAUCCAUCAUUUUGAUAUGGCGUGUUUUCAGAAGUACGGCAAGAUUUGGGGUAUAUACGAUGCGAGACAGCCGGUCCUCUGUAUCCUGGACACCGAGAUCAUCAAAACCGUCCUGAUUAAAGAGUGUUACUCUCUCUUCACCAACCGCAGAAAUUUCGGUCUAAACGGUCCUCUGUACGACGCUGUGACCGUCGUCGAGGACGAGGACUGGAGGAGAAUCAGGAGUGUUCUCUCUCCAUCCUUCACCAGCGGCAGACUGAAGGAGAUGUUUGGAAUCAUGAAGUCUCAUUCUCGCUCGUUGGUUGAAAAUCUGCAGAAGACGUCAGAACGAGGAGAAUCAGCAGAUAUUAAAGAGUUUUUCGGAGCGUACAGUAUGGAUGUGGUGACGAGCACAGCGUUUAGUGUCGAUAUCGACUCCCUGAACAACCCCAAAGAUCCCUUCGUAUCCAACAUCAAGAAAAUGCUGAAGUUUGACUUCCUCAACCCUCUGUUCCUCGCUGUCGCGUUGUUCCCCUUUAUCGGGCCGGUGCUGGAGAAAAUGGAUUUGGCCCUUUUCCCGACCGCAGUGACUGAUUUCUUUUACGCCUCCCUGAAAAAGAUCAAAUCUGAACGUGUGGCUCAAGAUCAUAAGAGACGAGUGGACUUCAUGCAGCUGAUGAUCGAUUCUCAGAAAUCAGAAAAAGACGAUCAGAACGGCAAAGAGACAAACAAAGGUCUAAAUGAUCAUGAGAUCCUGUCCCAGUCCAUGAUGUUCAUCUUUGCUGGUUAUGAGACGACCAGCAGCACGCUGUCGUUUCUCUUCUACAAUCUGGCCAGUAAUCCAGACACGAUGAAGAAACUACAGGAAGAAAUCGAUGAAACUUUCCCCAAUAAAGCUGAAGUUGAUUAUGAUACGGUCAUGAACAUGGAUUAUCUGGACGCUGCUCUGAACGAGUCGCUCAGGUUGUACCCGAUUGCUCUUCGUCUGGAAAGAGUCUGCAAAAAAACUGUCGAAAUAAACGGCCUUACCAUCCCAAAGGACACCGUUGUUAUGGUCCCCACUUACGCCCUACAUAGGGACCCUGAAUAUUGGACUGAUCCAGAGGUCUUCAGACCUGAGAGGUUCACUCAGGAGAAUAAGAAGAGCAUCGAGCAGUAUGCGUACAUGCCGUUUGGUUUAGGACCCAGAAACUGCAUCGGGAUGAGGUUUGCCCUUGUGACCAUAAAGCUGGCUGUUGUUGAGAUACUGCAGAAAUUCGACAUCAGUCUUUCUGAGGAAACAAAGGGUCCUCUGAAGCUGAGCAGCAGUGGACUUCUGGCUCCUGAACAGCCCAUCAAACUGAAAUUCACGCCUCGGAAAAUGUCAGACUCCUGCAACAGCAACCACAUUAACUCGUAAACUUUCAAAGUUUCUGCUUCCUUUUACUGAAUUUCUCAUUUUUAAAUGUUUUACAUUCAGUCUGUAUUGGACACUGAAAUCAGAUCAGGCGUGUAAUGAUGUGCACAAUUCCCUGUUUAGCCACUAGUGCCAGUAAAGUUGGGCCUGUUAGUGCUGAACCACAUCUUUUCCUCAUUUACACAUCUUAAUAAAGACAUUUAUUCAUUUGGAAGUAACAAUAAGCACUACAGAUAAUGUACAUCUAGUUAAUCAGAAAAGUCCUUCAGCAAUGUUCUGGUGUAGAAAAGGACAGAUUCUGGACAUUAUCUGGGUUUGAACUGCUUGUUACUACACAAUCACUUAAUCAUAUCUACAGUAUAUAUGCUCUGUUGUUGAAUUCAAAUUAAUAUCAUUUUCUUUUACUUUUCUGGUUGCAUGUAUUCUGUAAUAUAUAAAAGUGGAUUUUAUAUAUUCUAGAAAAUAUAUACCUCUAAAUUAAAGCUCAGCUAUAACGCUCUUGUUUUUUGUGAAGUAUUAAAAAAACCCUAAGUGGU